ACUCCCAGGAAGUCCACAGACAAAUUGUGGUCUCAGUUCAACCAAAACUCAGACUCCUCCAGGCCCGCACAGUCUAGAACCACCCCACCAUCACCACCACCACCACCACCACCACAACCACACCUUUCCAUGGCGGCAAGACUCACGGCCGCCACAGCCCCCAAGCCCUUCCGCCUCAUCCAAUCCUCCUACCUCCUCCCCAAACACUCCUUCCUUCCCCUUCCGAAUCUCUGUCCCCGGAGCAAGGCGGUUCUAAUUCGCGCUCGGCCGAGACUAUGCUUGACGAUUUGCGUUCUAAUGGAGGACAAGAAGCGGGGCGCUUCUCCGGCGGAGAAUUCGGCUGUCGAAAUCCCCGUGAAUGUCGACCCUCAGAUCUCGCAGCGCGCCGCCGAGAAGCUUGCCAGGAAGAGAUCGGAGAGGUUUACUUAUCUCAUCGCCGCCGUUUUGUCCAGCUUCGGGAUCACUUCCAUGGCCGUUAUGGCGGUUUAUUACAGGUUUCACUGGCAAAUGGAGGGUGGAGAGGUUCCGUACUCUGAAAUGUUCGGUACAUUUGCUCUAUCUGUCGGCGCAGCUGUGGGUAUGGAGUUUUGGGCAAGAUGGGCUCACAGAGCUCUUUGGCACGCUUCCUUAUGGAACAUGCACGAGUCUCAUCACAGACCCAGAGAAGGCCCUUUCGAGCUCAACGAUGUGUUCGCCAUAGUCAAUGCAGUCCCGGCCAUAGCUCUUCUCUCAUACGGUUUCUUCCACAAAGGCCUUGUCCCAGGACUCUGUUUCGGUGCGGGUCUUGGAAUUACAGUUUUUGGCAUGGCCUACAUGUUUGUCCACGACGGUUUGGUCCAUAAAAGAUUCCCCGUGGGUCCCAUUGCCAACGUGCCUUAUUUCAGAAAAGUGGCUGCUGCCCAUCAGCUCCACCACUCAGACAAAUUCGAGGGUGUACCAUACGGCUUGUUUUUGGGACCUAAGGAAGUUGAAGAAGUUGGAGGUCUUGAAGAGCUGGAAAAGGAGAUCGAUAGGAGAGCCAAAUUGUACAAGAAUUCAUGAUUGAGAAAUGUAAUAACUUUGAGAGCAAUUUUGUAUUACAAAGUGAACGAAAAAAAAAAAAAAAAAAACUUUGAAGUAUGAGUUCUACUUGGGUUAAGCCUACAGUUUUGUGUGGGGAUUACUGUCGUAAUGCUGUACCAAAGUCUUUUUUACCAGAGAAGAAGUACAGUAUCUAUGGGAUUUGUGUAUUACUUUUAAGAGCUAAAAGUAUUAGUUCUAAAGCUUAAAUUCAUUUGCUUUAUUUUCUC